CAACUUGCCUGAUCCGCUACAAACCACUGAAGGAAGCUAAACGUCCACCGAGUGUACGUUAACGGCUUCUCGCGCGCGUGUUGAUCUGCGGGGAAACGUUAACAUCACUGUGCUCCUGGUGUAAAGAAAUGCAGAUUUACGGUGGCUUGUAUUUUCUGGGAACACACGCGUCUUCUUGUAAGAGUAUAUUGCUAGCCAGACAAACCCUCCUGCGGUGAGGACAGUGAGUGAGCGCUUCUCUUGGGGGAAUUUUUCAUUUUGCAUCACUCCUCACGGGCUUUCCAGCAGUUACAGAGCACCUCCGGCUAGGAUGGUGAGAUUUGGACAUGAAGAAGGACAUAGACGCGUUGAUAGCAGAGGAACGCGCUGAAAUCAUCUCUAAAUAUGACAAGGGCAGGCAGGAGGGUGUCAACAUUGACCCGUGGGAGGAUGCCAACUACAGCAUCUAUAAGGUCACCGACCGUUUCGGCUUCCUGCACGAGGAAGAGCUGCCAACACCCAGUGCGCUUGAAGAGAAGCAAAAGCAGCAGGAGAUAGAGCGGGUGGAGAAAUGGCUGAAGAUGGUGAAGAACUGGGACAAGUACAAGAACAGUGAAAAGUUGGUGAAGCGUGUCUACAAAGGCAUCCCUCUGCAGCUGAGAGGCCAGGCCUGGGCCCUGCUUUUGGACAUAGAGAAAGUCAAACAAGAUAACAGGGGAAAAUAUGAGAAAAUGAAGCAGCAGGCUCGUAGCUUCUCCACCGAGAUCAAACAGAUAGACUUGGACGUUAACAGGACCUUCAGGAACCACAUCAUGUUCAUGGACCGCUUUGGAGUCAAGCAGCAGGCACUGUUUCACGUACUAGCAGCGUACUCCGUCUACAACACGGAGGUGAGCUACUGCCAGGGGAUGAGUCAGAUCGCUGCCAUUUUGCUCAUGUACCUGAACGAGGAAGAUGCCUUCUGGGCUCUGUCCCAGCUCCUCACCAACAGCAAGCAUGCCAUGCACGGGUUCUUCAUCCCAGGAUUUCCCAAGCUGCACCGUUUCCAGGCCCACCAUGAGCUCAUCCUCUCCAAAAUGCUGCCAAAGCUGAAGAAACACCUGGACAAGGAGCAGAUGACAACGGGGAUUUACACCACCAAAUGGUUUCUGCAGUGCUUCAUCGACAGGACCCCGUUCACCCUCACCCUGCGUUUGUGGGACAUCUACAUACUGGAGGGAGAGAAGAUACUAAACGCCAUGGCUUAUACAACCUUCAAGCUACACAAGAAGCGCCUGCAGAAGCUCCAGUUAGAGGACCUGAGGGAGUUCCUCCAGGAGCAGCUGGCUGUUUCUUUUUUCCUGCCUGAUGAUGUGGUGGUUGAGCAGUUACAGGCUGCUAUGUCUGAGCUUCGCAGUAAAAAGCUGGACCAACCUCCUCCAGCCAAGUCAGAGGAGCUGCCAAAGAAACCUCUGGGUCAAGAGAGACCAGUUCUCCUUGUGCCUCUGCAGCCAGAGUCUCCUCUGGAGGUCAAAGUAAGCCUGCAGCCACCCACCCAACCCAGUACAGAGGAACAGCAAACAGAUGGCAUCACCCGACAUCGGACCCCUUCUCCUGCAGAGCCCCGGGACUCCAGAACACCUCCUUUGCCUUCACCUGACCAAGUUGUCAUCCACACACAAGGAACACCUUCUUUAAGGCCUUGUAGGGCACCUCCAUUACCUCCAAAAGCAGACAAACUCUGUGUCGAGGUCGGGUUGGACAGGGAUGCGAAGGAGUCAGUUCCAGUUAGUCAGACCGAAGAUGGGAUGAGGCAACAGGAGAGCCAGGCUGAACAGCCAGAAACCGAGGAAAAUGCUGGUGACUGGCCUCCACCUUAUGAGCCCCCUGUGGAUGCUCUGACUCUGCAGACUGAGGAGGAGAUCAUGGACCUUCCCGAGCUGCCACCUCCACCUUUCUCUUUCUCUGAGGAGAACGACCAAAAGCCUUUAGAAAGCAGAUCACCCUGCUUGGGGACUCGCCCAGAAACCAGGCGUCGCUCUCCUUCCCCCCACGCAGCCGCGCCACCAGUCCCUCCAGUGAAGCCAUCUCCAAAAUCAUGCCUGAAACCCCCCACAUCUCUGGACUUGACACAUAAAACACCUCCCCCUCCUCGGGCCUUCGCCACGUCUUCCUCCGGCUCUCCGAAACUUCCUCCCCCAAAGCCAACCAAGUUCCCAGUGUCUCUCUACGUCCCGGGGCCCGCAGGAGACCGCAGGCCCUCCAACACCUCCCAGUAUGACAACCUGUCUGAGGCUGAAGAAGAGGACCGCUACCUGGAGAGGCUCCUGGCCACCACGCCUGAAGAAAUUCUCAGCAUUCACGGUGAACCUCAACAUACCACAGGCAGAGACUAUGACCCUGCUCUCUACCCUCUGCCCCCUCCUCCUAUGUUCAUCCCUCCUUCACCUUCUCCUGUUCCUCCCUCGCUGUGCAUUCUCCCCAGUUUGCCUCAAGAGCCAGACUAUGAAGGAGAGGACAGCUGGGUGAAGGACUCCAUCAUCCCCCCGCCUCCACCUUGUUUUGCUGACAGACUCAGUCCCUACCAUUGCAGUGCUGCCAGCUGUUCCGACACACAUAGAGCCACCUCACCUGGUUACUCUAAGCCUUUCUCCAGGGGCCCCAGGGACCAUUCUGCCUUCCCAGCACCGCUGUUGUACACCGGGUCCCCCCCAGGCCACACCAGGCCCUCAGGACAGGUGGCAGUAGGAGUGCCCUUGGUCCGGUCCAGCCCAGACUUUUGCAGGAUGCCUCCAGGUGGACAGCAACUUCCCAAAUCAGUGACCUUUUGAAGUUUCCAAGCAGCAUUCAAGUGUUACUGAUUAAUGCCAUGAUGAUUCGGAGACUCUGUUCAUGCUUGACUUGUUUUCUUAGCCUUGGAAGAGGUGGAAGGCCAGUAGCUAUUCAGUGUGUCAGGUUUUGUGUGUGUGUGUGCGUGUGUGUGUGUGUAUGUGUGUGUUAGUGAGAAAGGACAUUUUUUCAUUGAUAUGUACAGAUUCCUGAUACUUGCACCUUUUUCGCAAGGGCAGUUAACUUUUCUAAGUGUUAAAUUUGUAUUUAAAACUGCUGUCUGAUUUACUGUUGGGUGCACAAAAAACACGCCUGCUUUUGUUGGUGCUUCAGACCAGAUCUGGUUUUCAAUUCGACGGAUAUAAGGUGAUCUAAUACCAGCCGCAUGUUUGCGUCAUCUCCAGUUUGUUCCAACAAAGUGUCUUAACCUGAUCGCAGUGCACUGAGGGCUGCGACUCUAACACAAGGGCUUCUGUGGCUGCAGAGUAAGGUCAUCUUUUGCUAAAGCAUCCAAAGCCUGUACAUCCACGUACUGUGAGCAGGCUCACACAUCGCACAUACGGAGGAAGGAAACUGCCAAAAUCUGAAAAAAAUACAUAAUUUACUUAAAUGUUAAAUGAAUUAAUUAGAAUGGUGCAUUACAUGCACCAAAAAUAUUAUAAAAAAUAAAUGCAAGCAUAAAUUGAUUUAUUAAAAGGAGACAUAAAUGAAUAUUUCUGUUGUUAUUUUGCUCCUGUAUUUAUUUCCCUUUGUGUUAAUUACCCUAUUAAGUUACUUCCCAAUUUAUUGAUUAGCGUAUCUUAUUUUUAUUUAUGUAUUUAAUUAUGACACAGUUUGAAUGACAUAAGCAUGAUGAAAGAAUGUAACAUUAUAAUAGAUAAAUACGUACAUAAAUCGGGGAAUAAAUAAAGGACAUAAAAAGAAAAUAAGGGAAUUAAAACAAAGGUAAAUAAAUACAAAAGGAAAUUCAAACUCUUACUACUAUUACUUUUGGUGCAUUUAAUGAGAUAUUAAUGUAUCUGUUGAGGCAUUUUGAAUGUGGCAGUUUCCGUCCUUCCUAUUAACAGUAUGUCAAACUGUAAAGAGAAGCUGUUGCCAUAACAACAUUUGUUUACUGUAACUUUACUUGACAACAACAGACCACUGAACCAGGGUGCACUGACGCAGCUUGCACGCAAACUUUUCGAAAGAAUUGCCAAAGUCAUCACCACCAGCAAACACGGAUGACACGGUGCAACACGUCACUGGUGUAAAUACAGAAGUUAGUUUCAUUCCCAUGAAGCUCAGCAAGGUCAUUUUCACCCCCUCAUGCAGGCAGCAGUUCGUACUCUGUGGGUAUUUUGCUGCUUUUUUUUUAAUGUUUUUAAAUUGAUGCUGUUGAUUUCGAAGGACUGGGUUCAGUGUUAAAUCUGUUUGUCUGACACUUGAUUUCACGGCAAUAAUGUACUGUUUCAUGUGUAUAUACAUGCAUGCAUCAAGGCUUAAUAUGGUGGAAGCAUGAGACUUAACAGAGGGAUUUAUGAAUGCAACAUAUUGUCAGCACUGACUGAGUUACAGUUAAAAAAGAAAAGAAAAACCAUUGUGACAGUAUUUAUGAAGAAGUGCUCCAUCUAGUGGUCAGACAUGUUACAGACUGACAGGAUGGAGGCUUCGUGGAGGGACUAGUUCAACUAGUAAAACAAAAUCUAUAAAUUCUACCUGUAACUCCCAUUUUAUGAAUGUGCACAGACUUGUUUCUACAUUCAGGCACGUCUAAUGAUAAAGUAAGCUAAUAGAGACAUUGUGUUACACUGUUCUGUGCUGUUGGCAGACUGGGGAGGGAAGCAAAUGACUUCAAAUUCAUUCAUAUGCACAGCCAUGUUUCAGAGCCAUUGACAGCGACUGUAGUGUCAGAGAAAAGUUCUUAAGGAAUGGAAGUUGAGCCAUAAUAUACUGUACAAGGACCUAAUAGUCAAACAUGUUUUAUAUUGUUGUUACAUUCAGUCAUAUUUUAUGUUAUAUACUACGUCUAAACAACAGUCUUGUUCAGUGCACUGACCUUCGUCAUUACCGAGAGGUUUUGCAGAUCUUUUAAGUAUUCAGCCGUUUUUUCUAAAAUGGAGUUCAAGGUUACUUCUAAAAACUGUUUUCAUUUUAAGGAGUGAUGUUAACAGAUGUUCAUACAGAUUGUUCAUGAACUUUGGUCUCGCUGCUGCGGUUCAUUUCAGAGAACUCAGACCACUUGAACUGACCACUUCUUGUACAUCACCGCUGUUUUUGUGGAUCCUGUUGACAUCAGUGAUGCCGGGGCUCAGACCAAAGCUUGUGUACAUUUAUGCAAACUAUUUUGAGUUUUAUAAAGAGACGAACCUUA